GGGGAACGGGCGCGGGCCACGCCACAGCCGGAGCGGGGCAAGGCCCCGCCGCCGCCUUCUUCCGCCGGCCCCGCCGCCGGCCAUGCAUUCUUCCGGCUCCUCUGACUCCCAAAGCCCCGGCCGGGGCCCGGCCAGCCCGAGGCAGCCGCGAGGGGAGUAGGGCGCCAGCGCGCUCGCUCGCGCCGCGCCUCGGGCCGCCUGGGCCGCCACCGCGUCCAUGACCGCGACCCCUCGGCGGGGGACACCCGCCCCCGCGCUCCGCAGCCGCCCGCCGUCCGCGCCCGCCGAGAAAGACAGGACGGAGUCCAAUGUGAGGAUGGCUAUGACUUUGGAAGAAGCUCCGUGGCUGGGCUGGCUCUUGGUGAAAGCACUGAUGAGGUUUGCCUUCAUGGUCGUCAACAACCUGGUUGCUAUUCCAUCCUACAUCUGCUAUGUAAUUAUACUUCAGCCCCUUCGAGUGCUGGACAGUAAGCGGUUCUGGUAUAUCGAAGGAAUCAUGUAUAAAUGGCUUUUAGGAAUGGUGGCUUCCUGGGGAUGGUAUGCUGGAUAUACAGUGAUGGAAUGGGGAGAAGAUAUUAAAGCAGUUUCAAAAGAUGAAGCAGUGAUGUUGGUGAAUCAUCAGGCAACAGGAGAUGUGUGCACACUGAUGAUGUGCCUCCAGGACAAAGGACUGGUUGUUGCUCAGAUGAUGUGGUUGAUGGAUCAUAUUUUUAAGUACACAAACUUUGGAAUUGUUUCUCUAGUUCAUGGAGACUUCUUUAUAAGACAGGGAAGAUCUUAUCGUGACCAACAGCUGCUGCUUCUCAAGAAGCACUUAGAAAAUAAUUACAGGAGCAGAGAUCGAAAAUGGAUUGUUUUGUUUCCAGAAGGGGGCUUCCUCAGGAAGAGGCGAGAAACAAGUCAGGCAUUUGCCAAGAAAAAUAACUUGCCAUUUCUUACAAAUGUUACUCUGCCAAGGUCUGGGGCAACAAAAGUUAUUUUGAAUGCACUUGUAGCACAACAGAAAAAUGGAAGUCCAGCAGGAGGAGAUGCUAAAGAAUUAGACAGCAAAUCAAAAGGCCUCCAGUGGAUAAUAGAUACAACGAUAGCUUAUCCCAAAGCUGAACCUAUAGAUAUUCAAACCUGGAUCCUUGGAUACAGGAAACCAACAGUCACACAUGUACAUUACAGGAUCUUUCCAAUUAAAGAUGUACCCCUGGAGACUGAUGACCUUACCACUUGGCUCUAUCAACGGUUUGUUGAAAAAGAAGACCUCUUAUCACAUUUUUAUGAAACAGGAGCUUUUCCACCUUCCAAGGGCCAUAAGGAAGCUGUUUCCAGGGAGAUGACCCUCAGCAACUUGUGGAUAUUUCUCAUACAGUCUUUUGCAUUUUUGUCAGGCUAUAUGUGGUACAACAUCAUUCAGUAUUUUUACCAUUGCCUGUUUUAGGAAUUGACAUGGACUUGUCAGGGUCACCAUAGGAGUUCAGACUUUCUUUCAUAAGUGUGCAUUAUUUUACAUCUGCAAAUCAGAAUAUAUUUAAAAAAAAAAAAGCAAAAGAAAUUCAAUGGAUGGAUUAAUAUUUAUCCCCCUUUGGGAUAUUUUAAAACUCUACUAAAAUGAGGAUUAGUAAUAUAAUGACCUGCUAAUAUAUUUUAAGAACAUGUUUUAAAAAGAUACACUCUAUCACAUAUUUAAGCAAACAUCACAUUUGGAGAAGAGGAAAUCAUAAAAUCAUCCUAGAAGACUAUCUGAGAGAAAUUCUGUUGCCACCAGUUAUACUUGACAAUUUAGUUGAAGCUCAGAACGUUAUAUUCAUCCCUCUUAGCUAUAGUCUAUAUUAGGGCAGUUCCCUAGAACGCCCACAUUUCCACCAACUCAGUAAACUUGAGGGGGGCUGGUUGGCACCUCGUGAAGAACUCUUUCCCUGUCGUUUGCAGUAACAAACUACAGUCUGUUGCAGUAACAAACUCCAGAAUGUUGGCAUUCUCUGUGGGGGAAAAGCAGUGUCCACUGGACCCCUUCUGGUACUGGAUAUGUUCUUUACAAAGGCUAGCUCGGUCCAACACUGUGUUUACAUACACUCGUGCUUUCUCUUACAUACACUCUGAUUUCUCAUUUUGUAUCAGAGGCAUAUCAUAAAUUGAUAAUUUUGCAAAAUGCACUUUUUUGAGAUGCAGAUAUAGCAAAGGAUUAGUAAUAUAGCCUGAAAACAAAUGAGAGCAUAGCAGUGUGUGAGGUUUUCGAGAACUGUCUUGUCUCUGUGUGUUUAUUUGCCUGCCAGUGCUCUCCAGCGCCAUCCUGCCCUGGACACCACCCUGACGUGAUGCCUCUGUUGCAGCUCAGAGGCUUUAUUUUUUUCCAUUUUGACAUUGGCACUAAAUGUAUUUGGGGAUGGUUAAAACAAAUUAAUAUAGAACAUUUAAAUGAUCAGUUUAAGGGGAAAUAGGCUAGUUUAUAGAAAAAUAAGAGCUAGUGGCUUAUAAUGGUGACAGGUUCUCAUGUGACACCCCUAGGACCUGUGCAGACAGUAGUCUGUUGAAUCAUUACAUCAAGGAGCUGCCCCUGUCAGGGUGAGUGUAAUUAGGAAAGAGACCAGCACAAAAGGCUUCCCCCCAGUCUCUUCCAGUUGCUUUUUCUUUUUUCUUUUUUUUUAGGCAGGUCUUACUCUGUCGCCCAGGCUGUAGUGCAAUGGCAUAAUCUCAGCUUACUGCAGUCUCUGCCUCUCGGGUUCGAGCGAUUCUCCUGCCUCAGCCUCCCGAGUAGCUGGGACUACAGGCACCCACCAUCAUGCUCGGCUAAUUUUUGUAUUUUUAGUAGAGAUGGAGUUUCACCAUGUUGGCCAGGCUGGCCUCGAACUCCUGACCUCAGGUGAUCCGCCCACCUUGGCUUCCCAAAGUGCUGGGAUUGCAGGCGUGAGCCACCACGCCCAGCCUCCAGUUGCUUUUGAAGAGGGUAAAGUCAAGUUUCUAUUUCUAGAAAACAUUUUUUAGAAAUUUGUUGUGAUGUUUGUACAAUUUACCUCAUAAGAGAACCACAUCCUUCUCCAAAAGUGCUGGUACUACAUCAGUGAGAUGAGUAGAGUUUUUGUUUGGGAUUGUAAGACUAUUAAGAUCCUAGUAAGUCAGUGGUAGUUUACUGUGAUGUGAGCAUUGUAGAUUCCCCUGUUGUCACUAAUCACACAAAUAACAAUUUUGAGAAGUAGGCUAUAAAACAAAAAAAGGUUGCUGUUUUCUAUUUUUAAAUAAACCAAAAAAACAGAAAAGAUGUGAAUUUUCCCCAGUUAUGUGGGAAAGGUAAAGCAACACCAAAUAAAAGCCCACAGCAGCUUCAUCUUUAGGAUAACUCAGUGCAUAUGUGAAAGAGAAUGAUGCAUUAACUGAAAUACCUCAUUCAAUAUUAUACUACUACUGGUAAAAUGCAGAAGACAGUGUUAAUGUGUUUGGUUUGGGGACUGGUUGUUAUAAAAUGCAAUUUUUUUGAAAUCUAAGCAUUUCAUUAUGUGUUCUACAGUGUCAGUAAAUAAAUGAAACCAAUCUCAAUUUAGAGGUAUGGAUGAUGACAGAAAGCCCAAUAGAAGCUUAAUGAUGCUUCUGUUUGAGGCCCAGCAAGCACCACUAAAUUACUGGAUGAAAUGAAAUUGUUCACUUGAGGGAUUAGUCAACCAUCUGGGGGAGAAGUUGCUCACUGUCAGAUACAGCAUGCACAGUCCUAGCUGAUAGACCUUUUCCUCAUUGCUACAGCAAGCCACAGGGUAGAAUGACCAGUUCUCCUAUCCAAAAAUAAAUGCAAACAUGCAUACGUAAAUGUGGCUGAGGGCCACUUUUGCCAUCACUGUGCUCCAAAGGAACAUGAUAUUGUCAAAUAUACUGUACACAUUAAACUAUUCUAUAAGAUGCUUUACUUUUCAAGUUCAGUGUCAUUUUCACAGUCUCCAGGGUGACAAAUGCCAAUAGAUAUGUGAGUUAAUUUUUUAAAAUAUUUCUGUGAGUUGUAAAUAGAUGUGUAUUUGAUCUGCCCUAUCCUUCUUUGAUUCUUUAACAUGUUCUCUCUCUUCUGUUUGCAAAAUAUGUUUGAAAGCAUUGGUAGUGCUUUCCUUAUCAGUAACUGGAGUUCUCCUGCUUGCACUAGAGAAGGUAAAGAGAGAAUCAGUAUUCUUAUAUGGCAAUCUGGGGAAGCAGCAAUAUGCCACUGUACAAAACUGAAGAAAAAUUCCUAAUUUAUACUUUGUGAAGGGAGAUGAAAGGACGUUUAAAGUAUAUAUAUUUUGUCAAGAGGAAAGAAGAUAAAACUAUGCCAGUUUUAUAUCAGUAGCUUGUAGAAGCUCAGCUCUUCUUGGUCUUGGCUAGACUGCCUAGAUUCCCACAGCAGUCAAGGUUGAGAAUCCAUUGCUGGAAUCUUGGUAUUGAUGAGUUACAGUGAUGGAGCAUGUGCUUGGCCACAGGCAGGUCCAGUCACUACAAAAGUGACCAAGCCAGCAGGUCACCCUUAACUUCAGAAACAGUUAUUGGUGGUGAACUCUACUUAAAUUGCAGAGAAACCUGUAAGUAAUGGAAGGUAAAGAAAAAUUACAGAACGGAAAUUAAUAUUUUGGGUAAGCAAACAAAUUCACUGAGAAUUCCAAAAGUAUAUUAAAAAAGAAGAUAGCUAUGAGUUCAGAUCUAUCUUAUUGGUCUUUAAUAUUACAACCAAUCCUUAACUUUCUACUAUAAAGCAAGGAUUACUAGAUUAAUUACUUUCUGGAUAGAUAAUCUGGUAAUAAAUGAUAGGUAAAUCAAAAAUUACUUUUAUUUAGGAGUUUGAAUUCUUAUUCUCAUCAGACUUAUUUUUUUUCUAGGGAUGCUUACUAAUUAAAUGAUUUAGGUUGUUUCUUAGAGGUUUUUUGCCUAUAUAUUUAUGACUGUGUUAAUGAGUAGUGAAAUGAUAUGGAAAGACAGCUAUCAGGAAGAGGAAAUACAGAAGCCUGAAUAAUCUAUGGGUUAGAAAAGCAUCCCUUAAUAAUCAAGAAUUGGCAGUAUUGGCAUUGUUCUCAAGCCUUUUUAUGAAAAUGAAAUCUGAAAUCACCAAAUGUAAACCUGGGAACAUUAUUCUAGUGUUGCUGUCUUGGAUUCAUGUUAAGAAGCCUCUUCAUUCUUUGCUCAUGUUGCCCACUUCUUGUGGAUUUGUCUGAGUGUUUUUUGACAAUCACUUCCUUAAAGACUCUUCUGAACUAGUUGGACCUGGUUAUCAUAGAGAGUAGCCUUUAAUCAUGGAUAGUCUUCUUGGAUUAUUUUUAUAUUUGAAAAGAAAAUGUUUUAUUUGCACUACUGAGUAGGAAGAGUUAAUUGUUUUCUUUGUUCUUUUUUUGAAGUCAUUACACAGGACUUCACUCCAGAGUUACCAUUAUGAGUGUGUUCAGCUCUGGUCCACAGAGGAUGGAUAAAAAUGGUUUGUUAUGUUUUUUUGAUCUGCAGUGCUAUGAGCCUUAUAUCUGUUAACAUGAAGGACAAAGUCAAAAGCAGCAGUGGGUAGCAGGAAGGGUAGAGACUAAUAUGUUUGGGACCAAAACCAUCUAAGUUAGAGAUUUCCAGAUCACAGAGGGGCUGGGUAUUCUCUGGAGCAGUCAUUGGUUGGUGCUUUAUUGUAAUCAUUUUGCACCAAUCCCCAACAAUUAGGAACUGGACCCUGGGAAUAAGCUGAGGGUGCUGAACUGUUGGGGAAGGGUGACUGUAGCCAUAUGGAAGAUAAAAUAUGGGUUUUUCUGCAAAAUUUCCAUCUGAGGGUUUUUACAUUUAAUAUUUUUUAAGACAGUUUAAAGAGCAAACGUUUUUUAAGUGUAUUCUAGUUGCAAAGUGUGCACACAUAUCUUGAAUGGCUUUAUUUUUAUUGUGUAAAACUGUUGAACACAUGACUGUGAUGCACAAAUUCUUUACGUGUAAGGAGUCUAUGCAUUUUACAGUAACUUAUUUUAUGAUUGGGUGAUGAGACAGUUAGACUUUCAACUGCCAUUAUUUUUAUUAAGUGCUUUCAUUUUCUUUACAGUUAUUACAAAAUUGUAUUUAUUUUAUACAGAUGGGUUUUCAUUUUCCUGAUGCUGUAAUGUUUACUUCAGCUUGUUGACCUUUCUUUGUGUUAUCUGCAUGUUGUAACGUGUGAUAAGAAUGAAUGUAAAGGCUGUGGCAACUGUAAUUAAUUUUUGUAAAGGGCUGGUCACACGUGGAUCUGGUUUAUGAAUGCAUUUGGGAUGAUUUUAGUAACCAGAUCACCUUUUCAGAAAUUUAGAUGUGAACACCAAAAGAAGCAUUUUCUCAACAAAAAUUAAUAGCUGGUUCUAUUUUUUUUAAACCUAGAAAAAAUAAAGUUGAUUUUUUUCAAUUAAA